UUAUAUAUGGCCGCGAAUAAAAAUCCUCUUCACUUCACCGUCGGUGUAUAUCUGUUUAUUGUUUUGUUUUAAUUUUUCUUUAGAGUUUAAAUCAAAAAACUGCAUUUAAUAAGUGAGAAAAAUGUUCCUCACAUUCGAUUAAAUUAAUUUAAGUGUCCCCGAGUGUUUUUUUCAGUGAAAAGUGCACCAAAUACGGAAGCGGAAGCUAAAGCAUCACAAUAAUCACAAUUAACAAAAGCAAUUUCCAAUCCCAAUCUGCAUUCACCGCGCCAGAAUGUCUACAAAUGAUUUUAUAGAUGAUUUUAUCGAAGAAUACAAGAACCAACCAUGUUUAUGGAAAGCCAAUUCAACAAACUAUAAAAAUCGCACCCGUCGCCAAGAGGCUUACAUGAAACUGAUAGAAGUCGCGUCCAAACACGGCGAACUCUACAACAUCGAACGCACCAAGCAGAAGAUCAACAAUUUGCGGUGUGCUUUUCGACACCAACUAAAAAAGUACACCGAAUGCAAGAACAAUAAAUCGGGUAAGGAGGAAUCGUACUGUCCCAAGCGGAGAUACUUCGAGAGUUUGAUGUUUCUGAUGGAGGAAGAGAAGCCUGCGAAUCGUAUAAAGUUGGCUGAGAAACUUAAGGAAAUGAAAAUGACGAAAGUCAUAACGCGAAAGGCGAGUCCACCUGUCUUUAAGAACAAGUUGCCAGUUAUCAAGCCCGAGCAGAUGGACAUAACAAUCGAGACUAUAGACACAUCAAAUGGGGGAGAGGAGCAGCAUCAACCGGAGGAGGAGAUCAUCGAACUGGACCAGGACGAGACGCAACAACAGCAAAUAGAGCACGAGGACUUACAGCAACAAGAGGAGUCUCAAAAUUGCCACUCCGAAGACAUAUCAGUGGCCGAGGAAUCUGUGAAGGAGUCUGGGGGAGUCGUCUAUCACACGGAUGUGCAACAUAGUGACGAGGAGGAAGAGGGAUAUAAAAUAAUUUGGCCGGUCAAUCAAUCGUCCAAGCCGAUAGAAACCAUUCAAACCAAUUAUAUCCGCAUGGCCCCUCCCCAUUCGACACCUUCAACGCCUCCUGCACAGUCCCAUAGUACGACGCCUAUAAUAACGUCAGUCAGCAGCUCCGCUCCCACGGCACCGAUGACAACGACAAUAAUUCAUCAUGAUCUCUCAAAUUCAGUUCACAACUCCUCGGCCCACACCCACUCCCAGACUCAAACUCAGAUUGCCCUUCCUUCGUCAAUUACAAUCCAACCUGUUCCGAAGCAGGGCAGCGAAACUUCGGAAGCAGGUAGUUUAAGCUGUGUAGGCGGUGUAGGAGCUGUAAGCGGUGUAGGUGGUGGUGUUGGUGUUAGUGGGGGUAAUCAACAUUCUGCGAUCCGACGGAGAACGAUCUCGAUUUGUUCAAACAAAUCCCAAUCUCAACUUAGUACCAACGCCACCGACAGCUACGAAGUUGCUCAAGAUCCUUCUCCUCCGGCGUCAAAGAAGGUUAAAAUCGAUUGCACGUCCAGUGAUUUUGAGAAACUGCUAACGCUGGCGUGCAGCAAAAUGAAUGCCCCCGAAACUCAGCCCGAAGACAACUUUUCUAUGUUUGGAAAAAUUGUGGCGCACAAGGUGCGCAACAUGGAACCCCAACAAGCGAUGUACGCUGAGAAGAUCAUCCAUGACAUACUCUUCGAAGGCCAAAUGAAACAGCUCAAGUAUCCCUAUCCGGCACCGUAUGGUAUGAGCGGAGCUCCAAUGCCUGUCGUGUCUCGCUCCAACAUCUAUCCCCUUAGACACAGCGGUUCAAGCAGUCAGGCGGCAACUAUUGUUGCUACGAGUAGUCAGCAGCAACAGCAGCCACAAACGUUUGUCAUAUCAUCGGUAGACUGCCAUGGAGCCCCAACGGAAAUCCAUGCAACAAGUUCGGCUCAUCAGUCACAUUACUCACCACAGGGUGGGCACUACACGACCACAACGACUAUCAACGAAGAGGUCGAAGAUUAGUUGUAAAUUCUCUCGAAAACAUUCGUCCGUGCGUGAAAAAGAAUGCUCUAUAUCCCCCUCCUACCAAUAACAACAACUCAACCCCCCCCCCCCCCCCUCCACACACACACAUAAAUAUUAUAAUAAAAAUUUGCAUACAAAAUAUUUUUUAAGGAAAUUGCGAAAUCAAACGAAGAUUUAAAUAUUACUUAUUAAUUACUUAGCAUCCGUAUCCGUAUAUUAUUAUUUUUCCAAAUCAACAUUAUUUUGACAGAUAUUGUUUAACAUACAUAUAUACAUACCUUUAAGCAUACAAAAUCAUAUUUCCUAAACUAUAAAUAAAAAACCAGACCCGACAUUUUAUUGUAGCAAAAAAAAUAUACCAACAAAAGAAAAUUAAUUAAAUUUAGGAACCUAAAAAACAAAAAAUAAAUUGUAGUUGCUAAAAUACAAAUUAAAAACAAAAAUAUAUAUUAUUAUCGUUUAGCUAUUAGAAAUGGAUAAACAGAAUAAUAAUAAAUGAUUAUUUUUUAUUUAAACGAUGUAUCGUAAAGACAUUAAAAUAAAAAUCUCUU